AUCAACCUUGUUUUGUUUUGUUCCAUUUCAAUAUUCAAGUUUUGGCAACGCUUCCUUUAAUAUAUACUUACGUGCUUUUAUUGAAUCAGUCCUUAUUCAUAGUCCACGCCCACCAUCUCCUCAUAACUUCAUCUUUCAUUUCAUUAAUUUUCUUCAUUUUCCAUCACUCUUCAAUUCAAUUCAAUAUUCAGAACAAUAAAAAAAAAAUCUAUGCAUACAAAAUCAUAAGGCAAACAUAAUCCGAAUUUAAUUCAACAAGAGAUGUGGAUUCAUAUUGCAGUUAUAGCAUCCACCGUUGGAUGCGUUUCAACCAUAUUGUUAAUUUUAAUCUGGCGUCGUUGGUAUCAUCGAAGAAACCGUAGUAGAAAUUCAGUUAAUUCAGUUGAACCGUCAAAUGGAGUAAUCAGAAUCGAAAGUUCUAGAACAAGAAUUCAUCAUCAUAUGCCAAGUGUCCAUCAUCAAUUAGAUCAACCUAGCAACAAAAACAAAGGUAACUAUAACAAUAAUAAUAACAAUAGUUAUUCUCUGUUUCGCAAUGGAAUUUCUGGAAAAAGAACACCGACUUUAUUCAGCUGGAUUGAUAAUCCAUCUAUGGCUGCUGAUGCCGUUGAAAAUGGAUGGUCAAGAUUUGCUUUCACUAGUUAUAAAAGUUACAUGCCAUCUCCAUCAAUGAGAGCUACACUGUUAGGAUCAUGUGUUGCACCUGUAGGUGAUAAUAACGGAAGAGAAUCAUCAGAAGCUGAAAUUAGUUGGGAAGUUUCACGUGGAUCAGAUGAAUUUAUGCAGAAAGUUAGGUUAAAUCCUGGAUUAAGAAAAUCUAAUCAAAUUAUUCAAACUACUAAUUCUAUGGUUAAUUCUGUAAUUAGAACUGCUUUACCAUUACCUGGUCCUGUGUUAGGAAAUUGUGUUUUCCCACAGGAAUCAUAUUUUGAAAUUACGAUUUUGUAUUCGUCUCGCGGUGAUGAGUUUGAUUCGAUUCGAAAGAGUGUUGAUGGUGGUGACAAAACUAAGCUUAUUGCGAAAGGGAAUUCGGAGGCGCUGGUUCAUGUUACGAGUGGUAAUAGUCAUAAGAAAAUUAAUAGUGUUGAAGAAAUGAAGGUUGAUGGUAGAGAGGGUGGGAAGAAGAAUGAAUCUGUGAUGUUUUCGAUGGGAUUAACGAUUGGCGGUCCUGUUCUUUUGAAAGUUCCUGGUAGUUAUCCUGGUAGCAUUGGUUUCAACUCAAAUGGUUCUGUUUAUCUUGAUGGAAUGAAACUUGUAUUUGAAUCUGAGAAGGCAGAAUGGAUAGGAACAGAUAAGGUGAUUGGUUGCGGAUUUGAUCCAAGGCAGAAGAAAGUUUUCUUCACAUUAGACUCAGAGUUGAUGCAUGUAAUCCAUUGCCAAACAGAAGAAUUUAGCACUCCAUUGUAUCCAACCUUAGCUGCAAAUAUAGACAUUAUGGUAUUAGUUAAUUUUGGACAAAAUGCAUUUAAAUAUGCACCAGCAAAUGCUCAAAGAACACCAAAUCCAUGUUUUGUGUCACCACUUGUAAAUUCUCCUACCAUAGGCUAUGAUGAUAGCAAGGAACUAUUCUCCAUGGGUAGGAUUGAUUCUCAGUGGCAUAAUAGGACUACAACCAAAGGAAGUCACAACAAUAAUUCAACCAUGGAUUCUGAUGAAGAGUCUGAUGCUGAUUUGUUUGAAAUCGUCAUAGACCGUUCUGGAAAAUCUUAAAAUACAAAAUCAUAGCUUACAACAAACUGUGCCAAGUUUGUAUUUGUCUUGGUUCCGGCAUUUAACAACUCCUCUGCUUGUACAAAUAGUACAUUACUUUGCACAGCACAUAUUGCUGGAAAUUUUUUGUGUAUCUUUUAACCUAUGUUUGAUAUUACGGUGAAUAUGCCAGAAUUACGGUGAUUCACUUGAUUUUGCAGAAGCUACAACGUAGCUUUUAAAAAUAACGUUAUAUCACCAUGAUUCUGACACAUCCACCGUAAUACCAAACAUACACUUUUAGUUUCAAAGGUAGAAAUAGAAUAGAAGUCCCAUUUUAUUAGAUGAGAAAUAGAAAAAUGUUUGUAUAUUAGAAAAAUAAUUUUUACCACAAAUUUCUACUAUGUCAUAAGUUUUGACUUGGUGAUAAGAUUUUGACUUUGUCUAA